AUGCGAAACGACAUCGUCAUCUUCCGCAUCGGCAUCUGUCUAUUCGGCAUCUACCAAUCGGCUGUCGCUACCGUAUUCUCGAAUUCCCUGAAAACCUGCCAGCUCUACUGUUCAGAGCGAAAUUUGGCAUUUCCGUUGGCUCGCGGUGAAUUCACAUGGAAUCAAGACGACUUGUCAAAGUGUGACUACAGUUGCCGCGUGAAUUCGUCCCAUCAUGGUUGCCGUGAUUUGGACGAGCCGUUGUCAAAGUGUGACACACGGUGUUCAGAAGAGGGUAUCACCUACGACAGUUGUGCCCAAGGCUGUCAUGCAGUGGAACACGCUUUCUUGGUCCAAGUGCAGGAGAUCGCUGCCGCCGACGUCGGCUGGUACACGCAAAGCCGACCUGCCAACGGAAAAACAGGCUGGAAAUGGACUGCUUUACCUGCGACCGCUUUUCGAAACUCGACCCUUUCAACGGAUGUGAACAUUCCGCUCGAACCCACCACCCAUCUCCAGGUUCUUAAGUUGAAGUUCGUUCAUGUCGCAUCACUGCCAUACCGCAAGCUUUUCAUGUCGCCUCGCUAUCAGCUACCGUAA